AUGGCUUCUUCCUUCAACCUCAAGACGACCCUCCUCCUCACACCUCUCGUUUCUACCACCUCCUCCCUCCUUUUUGCCCAUGCCCAGGAUUCAUUCCUCUCCUAUCUCGUCCAUCCCACUGUCGGGGCAGCCAACUCGAAUGCAAUCAUUCCGCCAUACUGGAGACAAUUCUUUGUCCCUGGCGUGACCAGAGUCCUUUCAUUUCUGGGCCUGACGGUGGGCUCUGCUGUCGGCUGUGUCUGCUGUCACGGGGUCAUCCUCAAGAACAGGGGGAGUCGGGCGUGGUACCUCGCCGCGGCAGUUCUAGCCGUCAGCCACUUGGCGUUCGUUCCACUGGUCGCACCCAAGAUUCAGAGGAUGGUGGAUGACGAGGGCGGGAAAGCCGAUGCCGAGGCCAACACUGCCCGGGAGGGAAGCAAGUCGAGCGUCCAAACGUUGAAUGAGUGGUUGCGCUGGAAUCUGGUGCGGACAUGGACGACAGAUACCGCCGCAUGGAUUUGCGCUGCAGUAGCUGUCACCAAGACCUUGAGCGUUGACUGA